UGUAAGUGUUUUUGGACCAGAAUUAAUCGUAUAAAAAGUUGAAAUGUGAAUGCAAUUAACGUAAGUUUAUUGUAUAACAUAUUAUUACACUAUUACAGAAUACUGCAACAAUGGUCUUUUUACAACAGGCAUUUGGAUUUCUUGUGAUUGCUGUGGGAAUACAAUCAGCAUUGAGUCGUGUUUGUCCAAUACUAUGUACAGAUGAUUAUAAACCUAUUUGUGGUCUCAAUCAAAUUGGAAGAAUAAAACAAAUCUUCCCGAACCAAUGUUCAUUAGAUGUUGCAAUUUGUUUGAAUGGGAAACCAUACGAUGAUGUUGAAUGGCAACCAUGUACUCUUGGGCAAUUAAUGACUGGUAGCUCAAUUGAUUUUCAAUUUGGAAACAAUGCUGAUGACGGUACAAAUUUUAAUUUUAAUGGAAAUGAUAAUGAAAAUGGGAUCAUCGUAUGGUUUCCCAUUCAAACAAAUUGCAACAUCUAAUUCACAUCUAUUAAAAAAGACUUGUAUAAUUCCAGAUUCAUUGA